AUGGAGCCAAACUUGUCAAGACAGGCGGAUUAUAAUGAAACAUUACGCAAAAUCUCCAACAGCCUAGAAAAUACGCUCAACACGUUUGGACCCGACUCGAGGCAGUACCAUGCAGUUAUUGAGAUUUUAAAAGAAUGCUUGCAAGAUAUCGAGAACGACAAGAAGAAAUGUGCAGUUCAGGUUGUCGAUCCGGAUAUGUUGAGCGUUGCGAUGGGGUUCCUGAAGAUCAGAGAAUGA